CACUACAAAUACUAGUCUGGUCUUUUUAGCUUUCACAGAUAACCAGCAGAAAAGAGUCGAAUUCUGUAGUUUCUAGUAUGGGAGCAGCUAAUAUACUCGGAGUGCUGGUUCUCACACUACUUGUCAUGUUUCCAGUUUCUUCUCCAGUCUAUGCACUGAGCUUAAACUACUAUGAUCAGACAUGCCCCAAGGCUGAGUCAACAAUUUCGGAUGCUGUCAAAAAGGCAAUGACAAAUGACAAAACAGUUCCAGCUGCCCUACUUCGAAUGCACUUCCAUGAUUGCUUCAUUAGAGGGUGUGAUGCUUCUGUGCUGCUGAAGUCAGUGGGCAAGAACACAGCAGAAAAAGAUGGGCCUCCAAACAUUUCAUUGCAUGCAUUUUAUGUUAUUGACAAUGCCAAAAAAGCAGUGGAAGCUCUCUGCCCUGGUGUCGUCUCUUGCGCUGAUAUCUUGGCUCUAGCUGUAAGGGAUGCAGUUGCCCUGUCUGGAGGCCCUACUUGGAAUGUGCCAAAAGGGAGAAAAGAUGGAAGGAUCUCAAAGGCAACUGAGACCAGACAGUUACCAGCUCCAACCUUCAACAUAUCUCAGUUGCAGCAAAGCUUCUCCCAGAGGGGACUUUCCAUGGAAGAUCUAGUGGCACUCUCAGGCGGUCACACUCUCGGAUUCUCUCAUUGUUCAUCCUUCGAAAACAGAAUCCACAACUUCAACUCCACCCACGACGUUGACCCAUCCAUACACCCAUCAUUUGCAGCCAGCCUACGAAGCGUGUGCCCCUUUCACAACAAGGUGAAAAAUGCAGGAGCCACCAUGGAUUCUUCCUCAACUACAUUUGAUAACACAUACUACAAACUUCUCCUCCAGGGGAGGAGUCUGUUCUCUUCAGAUCAAGCUCUACUCACUACUACAAAGACCAAAGCGUUGGUCUCUCAAUUUGCUAGCUCCAAAGAUGAGUUUGAGAAGGCCUUUGUGAAGUCCAUGAUCAAGAUGAGUAGCAUCACUGGUGGACAAGAGGUAAGGCUAGACUGCAGGGUGGUCAGGUGAAUUUGUAGCCAUUUGGAAACUUUCUGGUGAGGCGUGUGUUUCCUUUUAUUUGUAUGAUCUAUUGUUUGGAGGGUAUUGAAACCAUAAAAAUUACCAACUUGUGUGUUAUUGUUUGCUUCUUUGCCCUAGUACCGUUGAAGUGAACGGUGGCGAGAUGGAAACAAGGUUCAAAUAUAUAUAUGCAUAAAUGGAAAUGUUAAUGAAUUUCAAUUUUCAAAUAUGUGAUCCAGUGGAAGACACUUUGAUUUGCAAA